CCCUCUACGGCCGCCGUAGACAGCAGCACGACCCGCCUCCAACUCAAAAGUCUUAAGAGAAAGAUUAUGAUCCCUGAAAACCUGAAAACUGCCACUGACAGAGUUUACCAGCAGAGUUUAACCUUUUAUAUCCGGAUAAACUGAGAAACAAAAUGCUCCGUCGGUGGUGAGUUCACGCUCACUCGCUGUCAGUGGGGAAACAUGGCUUCGUUGCGUUCAAGGUUCUCGCUGUUGUGGCUCCUUGUUGUUGUGACAGAAGCUGUGUGGAGAACGAAACUAAUCGGAGAUGAAGCGGCCUGUGAGUCCAAAGACAACAUGAUCAGCGCAAGAUCCGUGAAAACCUCCGAGGACACCGGACCGGAACCGGGAGACCUCGCAGCCGCGUUCACUGUCCGGACUCUGGAUGGGGAGUUCUCCUACCAGCCCGGAGCUCUGCGGGGGCCUCUCAUCAUUCACGCUUUCACCAACAAGUCCGGGUUCCUGGAGUGUCUGUGGAGCUCGGAGUCGUCCCUGAGCAGCCUGGUCCAGAACCUGCCCGACAGCGCGCAGGUUCUGUUUCUGUCCCUGGACGACUCCGCGGUCACUGAUGCUCUGUGGAUGAGGGAGCAGCUGCAGCGGGCCGCCGUGCAGCACAGUAAGAAGGAGGUUCUGUCCAGGCUGCACUUCUCUCCGGUGCCGGUCUUCGCUCUGGGUAACUGGAUACCCGCUGUCUUCUACUACUGGGGCUGCACGUCACGUAACUGUGUCCUCGCCCAGGCUGUUUUCACCUCCGAGGGGUGGAACAUGCCCGUGGUUAUCAAGAGACUAGAUGCCAGGUACGAUUGGCUCAUGGCUCGCUGGAGUCAGAAGUCGUAUCGGCUGAUGGACGCAGGGGACGGGUGCCAUCCUUCCCCUUUGGUGGAAGGUGCUGUGGCCUGGGUCUCUGAGGGAAACUGCUCUUUCUUCACUAAGGUGCAGAGUAUGGCCAAAUCCAACGCCACCGGUGUCCUCGUCUACGCUCUUCCCGGUAACCCGAUCCAGGACAUGAACUGUGACGGGCAUGAAUGCGACACACCGCUGAGCAUCCCCGCUGCCAUGGUGCAUCUAGAGCCUUCAGUCGCUCAGGCGCUGCGGUUUGGACAGUCGGUGGUUGUGUCCCUCCAGAACACCCCGUCCCCGGGCUUCUUCUUCAGCGUUGACCAACAGGGAGCGCUGGCUGAGAUAGGCUGGUUUCUUUACCCCUCGUUCAGCUUCAUCAACUGGCAGGCACAGUGGUUGAGGGAGACGAUCCACGGCAUCGCCCACGGCACCGUCUUCAUGGUCAAGGUGCAUCUGUUGCUGUCCAGCAGGGGGAGCAGAGGGGACACGUCCUUUCAGGUCGAGCUGUACGCCGUCAUCACGGCCCACGGCAGCGAUGACAACCGCUGCGGAGAGUUCUGCGUCACCUCCCACCACUUCCUGUUCAACACUGUUUUCAACAACACACUCAUAUUCGAUUCUGCAGGAUCGCCUCUGGGCUGCACCACACAGGUGAAAGAGGGCGCUGUACCAAACGAAUACGGCACAUGGCUGUACGGGCGAGGAGGCUGGUGUGAUGGACAGCAGGUCAACCCCUGGAGGGUCGAUAUCACCGAACAGCUGAACGUGAGCGAAUCAAACACCGUUCUCUACUUCUCAGCUUUUUCGAGGGAAGGGGAUCCGAAUCCUCGCAAGGAUCCUGGAUACAUCAUCAUGUCCUCUUUCCUGUCUUUUACAAUGGAUCCAGCUAUGGGAAACUCUAAAGUUUAA